CCAUCGUAUACUGUUUUUCGGAGAAGUUACUACAAAAGCAUUCAUGCAUUUCGAACAACUCCGAACGUAAAUUCGAAAAUCGGAGAAUAGCAUUCACUGAGCACACUCUAAAUGUCAAAUUGUCACAUUUCCCACAAUUUUUCUACGGCAAGUUUUUGUAAGCGGAAAAUCCACGAAAAAUUGAAAUAAAUUAAAAUAAAGUGAAAAAAUUAUAAAAAUGUCCAAAAUAACAACAAGGCAACAGUAUGCGGCUUUGCUGGAGUUGCUGCAAGAAAAGCCCUCUAUGGCACACGGCUUUUCAAAGUGCUCUAAGGAAGAAGCGUCUGAGUUUUGGAAAAAGGUGGCGGAGGAGCUUAACAGCAUGGGCCCACCUCAGAAAGACAUCACUAGCUGGAAAAAGGUAUGGCUAGACUGGAAGGCGUAUAUUAAAAGGAAGCUACCGGAAAACAAAAUAGAACAGAGGGCUACUGGUGGCGGUCGAAACAGGCAGCACCAUUUCAAUGAAAUAGAGGAAGCUGUCAUCCGAUUGGCUGCACUAAAGACUAGCACGAAUGGAAUUGAAAACACUGUGAGUGUUGGGCUACCUGUUGCAGGCGAUUCUGAAGCUGAGAUCGGGGCUGACGUGUCAAUGACGUCAUCGAGCCGCAGUCCAGCACUUCCGAGACGUAUUUCCUCUGCGCGCAAACCAACUGAUACAACUACAGCAGAAGUACUUCAAGACCAUUUUUUGCUUCAAAAGGAAUUUCAGGAAAAGACCAUAGCACACUAUUCAAUACAGGAACAAAAGCCGGAAGAUAUUUGUUCCGGUAUACGACGAUUAUACCUAGUAAUGGAAAAGCACUACGACCUGAAGAAUGCAGAAGUGGAAGAAACCCAUAGACACAACCAAUCCAUGGAAGAUUUGAUCAAUGCUAAAAAUUCAAUAAAAAAACAAAUGUUAUUAGUUGAGCAAAAAAGCUUAAAGCGAUUUCCAAAAACAACUGAAAUUUAUACAUAUGUAUGUAUGUAUAUGUACAUUCCUUUAUUUAUACACAAGUGCCUAUCAAAAGUUCAAAUAAAAAAAGUGUAAAUGAA